AUGCUCUACAAGUCUCUCGCUCUGGUCGCCGGCGCGGCCCUGGCUGCGGCAGACAGCACCGUUACGCUGUUCCUGCCCGGCUCAGACAUGCAGACCGCUGAUGCGAAAGUGGUUGGUUCGAGCAACUCGAUGACCACCUACGCGAUCGACUGUCCAUCUGGGCAAGAUCUUUCUGUUUGCGGUCUUCCCGAGGCCACUUGGACGGUGACUCAGGGUCCAUCUUCGAUGAUCUUCACCCUGAUCUCCGAGUUAACCAUCGAAGAGACCUGCCGGUUUGAGGGAAGAACAUUUGCCGCUUGUACCGGAUUGUUCAAGUCGGGCGAUUCCACUUCAUCUCUCAUCACGACAAUCAACCCGGCAACUUGGCCGACCAAUUAUUGGGUCCCCGUGCAUGUCACGGCCACUGAGACCGGUGCGGUCGCGCCCACCACGGACGCGUCAGCCUUGGCUUCGAGCCCGAGCAUGACUCGCGCAUCUGCUGCCUCCACCGGUACAAGCACCUGGACUUCCUCCUCGCAGGGUACCGCCACUGAGACCAACGCGACUUCAGCGAGUAAGGCUACCCCGACCUCGUCGAAUGCUGCCAUGCCUGCCAUGACUGAUACUGCGGUCUGGUUGGUUGGGGGUGCUGCUGCGGCUUUGGCCAUGGCUGUGGUGGUUUGA